AUGGGGGGAUCCAGCUGCAGCACCUGCAUAAACACUGAGACUCAGUGUGGGCAGCCACCACACACAGCUGGGGACACAGGCAGGCACUGUGUCGGGAAAAUGAAGAAGAAGCUGCUCUCAGAUCGGAGUUUGGAGAGGAAAGCUAAUGUGCCAUCAGCGUCCAAAAGACCACAUAUUGUCAUUAAACUAACUGUGGAUAACCGGGACAGGAAUAGCAAGACAACACAUCAUCCCUGGUUUAGUGGUGUCUAUAAUAAUGCUUGGAGCCCUGGAGGAUUAACCAUCACA